GACCCAGGCGUCCAGAGCGGGCCACGUGCGCCCCGCUCCCAGUGCGCGCCCCGCCCCGGGGGAGGAGCCGGCUGGCUCCCGGCCACUGGGCCAUAGCGGCGGGCGGCCGGUGCGCUCUGGCGGUCCCGGCUUCCUCUCCUCCCCGGCUCGCUCCCGCCCUCUCCUCUUCCCUCCCUUCCCGGGCUCUUCCCGCCGUCUCUCCCAGCCCGCCCGCCUGCCUUUCCAGUCGGGCCUGGCGGGGGCCGCGCGCUCGGCGGCUCAGGCCGUGGGACCGUGGUCACACCCUUUCCAGAAAGUCUUGGCUGGUAACCGCGAAGCUGGGGGAGAGCAAGAGCUGGGAGAACUGGAGAAAACCGCUCUAAUCUGACUUGACUUUGGCUGGGAACGGACGCUGCAUCAUAAUAACCAACAUUUGCAAGGCGUUCUCUGAGGCGCUGAGGUGAUUCAUCUCAGAUUCCUCCAGAACUGAGCCUUUUACUGGACCUAUGUUCCCACCUGUGCCCCCAUGACCAGGUGGAUAGCACUCUUUGUGCCUGUGACCCAGAACCCUGGCUGACCACACUGAAGCAAGAUGCUCCAUCAGGUUCAUGGCCACAGUUCAGGCUCUGGUGCCCAAGGAGGGGAAUCCCUCAGAGAAGACCUGCGGGAGUUCCUGAGCGGGGAAGCCCCGCUGCACCAGCUGGAUGACCUCACCAAGGUGAAUCCCGUGACACCGGAGACAGUCCUGAGGUGUUUGCAGGCUCGGUACGCAGCAGACACGUUCUACACCAAUGCUGGCUGCACCCUGGUCGCUCUGAACCCCUUCAAGGCCGUCCCUCAGCUCUACUCACCAGCACUGAUGAGAGAAUACCACGCUGCGCCUCAGCCCCGGAAACUGAAGCCCCACAUCUUCACUGUGGGUGAACAGACCUACAGGAAUGUCAAGAGCCUGACUGAGCCCGUCAACCAGUCUAUUAUUGUCAGCGGAGAGAGUGGUGCUGGAAAGACUUGGACGUCCCGCUGCCUGAUGAAGUUCUAUGCUGUGGUGGCCGCCUCACCCACAUCCUGGGAGAGCCACAGGAUUGCAGAGAGGAUUGAGCAGCGAAUCUUGAACUCCAACCCUGUCAUGGAAGCUUUUGGGAAUGCGUGCACCCUGAGGAAUAACAACAGCAGUCGCUUUGGGAAGUUCAUCCAGCUCCAGCUGAACAGGGCCCAGCAGAUGACCGGAGCUGCAGUCCAGACGUACCUCCUGGAGAAAACUCGAGUGGCCUGUCAGGCAUCCAGUGAGAGGAACUUCCACAUCUUCUACCAGAUCUGUAAAGGAGCCGGCACGGACGAGAGGCUUCAGUGGCACCUCCCUGAGGGAGCAGCCUUCUCCUGGCUGCCCAACCCGGACAGGACCUUGGAAGAGGAUUGUUUCGAGGUGACCAGAGAGGCCAUGCUUCAUUUGGGUAUCGACACCCCCACUCAGAACAACAUCUUUCAGGUCCUGGCCGGACUGCUGCACCUCGGCAACAUCCGCUUUGCCGACUCUGAGGACGAAGCUCAGCCCUGCCAGCUGAUGGGCGAUGCCAAGUGCUCUAUCAGGACAUCAGCCUCGCUGCUACAGCUUCCAGAAGACCCACUGCUGGAGACACUGCAGAUCAGAACCAUCAGGGCAGGCAGGCAGCAGGUGUUCCGGAAGCCCUGUUCCCGAGCCGAGUGCGACAUCCGCAGAGACUGUGUGGCCAAACUAGUUUACGCACGGCUGUUUGACUGGCUGGUAUCCGUGAUCAAUAGCAGCAUCUGUGCAGACCCUGACUCCUGGACCACUUUCAUAGGCCUGCUGGAUGUGUACGGAUUUGAGUCCUUUCCCAACAACAGCCUGGAACAGUUGUGCAUCAACUACGCCAAUGAGAAGCUGCAACAGCACUUUGUGGCUCACUACCUAAGGGCUCAACAGGAGGAAUAUGCAGUCGAGGGUCUGGAGUGGUCAUUUGUCAACUACCAGGACAACCAGCCCUGCUUGGAUCUCCUCGAGGGGAGCCCCAUCAGCAUCUGCUCCCUCAUAAAUGAGGAAUGCCGCCUUAAUCGGCCAAGCAGUGCAGCCCAGCUCCAGACACGCAUCGAGAGUGCGCUGGCGGGCAGCCCCUGCCUGGGCCACAACAAACUCAGCCGGGAGCCCAGCUUCAUCGUGGUACAUUACGCGGGUCCUGUGCAGUACCACACUGCAGGUCUGGUGGAGAAGAACAAGGACCCUGUCCCACCUGAGCUGACCAGGCUCCUACAGCAAUCCCAGGACCCCCUACUCAAGGUGCUGUUUCCUGCUGACCCUGAAGAGAAGGCCCAGGAGGAGCCCUCUGGCCAGAGCAGAGCCCCUGUGUUGACUGUGGUGUCCAAGUUCAAGGCCUCCCUGGAGCAGCUUCUGCAGGUUCUGCAUAGCACUACGCCCCACUACAUUCGCUGCAUCAAGCCCAACAGCCAGGGCCAGGCGCACACCUUUCUCCAGGAGGAGGUCCUGAGUCAGCUGGAGGCCUGUGGCCUCGUGGAGACCAUCCACAUCAGUGCUGCUGGCUUCCCUGUCCGAAUCCCUCACUGGAACUUCGUGGAACGAUAUGAAUUGCUGAGAAGGCUCCGUGCUCGCACAUCCCCUGGCCCCCACAGCCCACUUCCUGCUGAAGGGCGCUCAGAAUGGUCUCCAUGCACCGAGGCGGCCACACUGCAACCUCUCCUCCAGGACAUCCUCCACACUCUUCCAGCUCUGACUCAGGCAGCCACCGCACCUGGUGACCCAGCUGAGGCCUCAGCAGCCCCAGUUCACUGUGGCAGGACCAAGGUGUUCAUGACGGACUCCACGCUGGAGCUUCUGGAACACGGACGUGCCCAGGUGCUGGAGCAGUGUGCCCGCCGCAUCCAGGGCAGCUGGAGGCGACACUGGUACCGCAAGCAGGGGAGGCGGAGGCGGGCAGCCGUGCUCAUCCAGGCAGCCAUCCGGUCCUGGCUAGUUCGGAAACACGUGCGGAGGCUGCAUGCAGCUGCCACGGUCAUCGGGCGCGCGUGGCGGAGGUGGCGAAUUGGAAUGGCCUUCCUUGCUUUGAAAGAACUGGAUGGUGUGGAAGAAAACCACUUGUCUCAAGUUCCCCUUCCCACGGGUUCCCUCCUGCUGCCACAGACACAGACCAGCCUCCUGGCGGCGGUAAUCCGCCUGUGGCCCCUGGGACUGGUCCUGGCCAACGCAGCUGUGGGUGUCCGCGGCUUUCAGAGGAAGCUGGUGGUCUGGGCCUGCCUCCAGCUCCCCACAGGGAGCCCCAGUAGCUACACAGUCCAGACGGCCCAAGGACAAGCUGGUGUCACAUCCAUCCGAGCGCUGCCUCAGGGCUCGAUCAAGUUCCACUGCAGAAAGUCUCCCCUGCCAUACGCAGACAUCUGCCCUGAACCCUUACCCUACAGUGUUACUGGCUUUAAUCAGAUUCUGCUGGAGAGAGACAGCCUGGGCCACAGGUGAGGUCUUCUCACCUUCUAGCUUCACCUGGCUGGGCAUCCCCUUGGUGCCUUUGUGUCUACAAGGCCUUUUCCUGCCAGCUGCUUUGCCAAAGACAUUUAAUCCACACGCCACCGCACUACUCCCACAACGACUCCAAGCUCCUGUGAGCGAGCGACGGCUGCCGCAGCCCCUGCACUCGCCUGGGGCUUCUGUGGACAUCUCAGGCCCUGACAGACGUCAGGGGUUGGUUAGCAAACCAGGGCUAAGAAACCUCAGGGCCACAAAGGAUUUCCCCCAUUUUACUACCUUCAGAGAUCCGACUCAGCUGUGUAGUCCAUCACUAGAGUGGGGCACCCCCGAUUCCCUGCAAACAGAACAGGCCGAGUUAGCUUGAAAGUAGCCCCAAAUUUCGACUGGGAUAUUUGCAUUUAGUUCCUUUGAAAGGAACAAAACCUAUUUAAU